AUGGUGGAACUAUCGCCGGGCGCCAGCGUUGCUCUAGGAGUAAUCGUGGGCCUCCUUUCCACCAGCAUACAGAGCAUCGGCUUGACGCUGCAACGCAAAUCGCAUUUACUCGAGGAAGAGAAGGAAGACGACUAUGACAGGAGACCGCCCUACAAGCGGCGGAGAUGGCAGCUGGGCAUGCUCAUGUUCGUCGUGGCGAAUAUCGUCGGCAGCACCAUCCAGAUCACCACCCUACCACUCCCUGUGCUCUCCACCCUCCAAGCCUCUGGCCUCGUCUUCAAUUCCAUCUGCGCCUCCAUUAUCCUGAGCGAACCCUUCACGCGCUACUCCUUCAUCGGCACCACGCUCGUUGCGAUUGGCGCAUUGCUCAUAGCACUGUUCGGCGCCAUCGCAGAACCGUCGCACAACCUCGAUCAGCUGCUCGUCCUGUUAGGACGAAAGAACUUUCUGGCAUGGAUGUUCUCCACCCUCUUCGUCGUUAUUCUCUUGAUCAUCGCCAACUGGCUCCUCAAGCGUGUAUAUCCCCGGACGACACCUCGAUUACGACUGGUACGAGGCAUGUUCUUUGGAUGCAUAAGCGGUAUAUUGUCCGCGCAUUCGCUCCUCAUUGCAAAAAGUGCAGUCGAACUGCUCGUGCGCACUAUCGUGGACCGUCAUAACCAGUUCGACCGCUGGCAGUCGUGGAUGAUUCUGAUUGGUCUGGUUGUAUUCGCUCUCACUCAGCUCUACUACAUGCAUCGUGGCUUGAAGCUGUGCAGUACCAGCGUGCUGUACCCUCUCGUAUUCUGUAUAUACAACAUCAUCGCCAUCAUUGACGGCUUGAUCUACUUCCACCAGGGCGAUCGACUGUCGGGCCUCCAUGCAGGUCUCAUUGCGCUUGGGACGGUCAUUCUACUGGCAGGAGUGGACGCCGAGGAUGAGCCCACUUCGCCUGUGGUGAGCAAACACACGGGCAAGGUGCCAAUGCCGCAGACCGCGCUGCAACCGGGCAUCGGCCUUGUGCACGGCCAUCUCAUCGAUGAGCCCGAGGAACCACUCGACAUUGAAGCCGAAGAGCCAGCGAGCUGGUACUGGCCCAGGAGCACUCACAUUAUCACCUCGUCCAUCAAGGCGGUCGGCACCGGAGUCGCAACAGAGCGGCGGGCGCGCAAGUCCUUCAGUGCGCAAGCCGAACCGGAGGCGGCGAAUGACAAUAUCUGA